CUUCGAUCUUUCUUGAAUCAACCAUGGAUAUGGCCCCGAAAGAACUUUAAUUUCUCUCAAUCCCAGAAAUUCUUCAAGAAUCGACCUCCACCCCCAAUCAGUCAACCAAGACCUUCUACCUCAUAACCCUAACCCUAACCCUAAUUUUCCUUCUCUCCUUCGCAAUCCCAGCCCACUCUCUCUUCACCCACCCACUCCUCAACCAGCUUCAGGGUCCCUCCACCACAAAUGGACCAUCCUCCUCCUUUUCUAGUUCUUCCACCUCAUUUUCCUCUUCGCAUUAUCUCUCCUCUUCACUGCCACCGUCGUCUUCACCGCCGCCUCCCUCCACACCUCCAAAACCCGUCUCCUUCUCCAACGCUCUCUCUGCCAUCCCCUAUGUCUUCAAGCCCCUCUUAUUUUCGGGGUUCGCUGUUUUUGUGCUGUACUUGGCGAGUGUCGUGUCUGUGCUGGAGCUGGUUUACGGGUUUGCUGCAAUGAAGAACACUGGGAUGGCGUUUGUGCUUGUUUUAGGGUACUUGACUAGCUGUGGAUUUUUGGGACGAUGUGGUGCAUGGUGGUAGCAAUUACGGGGUUUUCCCUAAAUCCCCACAUCUCCCUCCGCCUCUUCAAAUCCCUAAUUCCAGCUCUGAUCUUGAAAAUUUCCUGAUUUGAGUUCUCUGUGCGUGUACGUGUUCGUUGUAGUGGACACUUCUGUGAAGAAGAAGGUUGAGGAGAUAAUGCCUAUUGCCACUGGACACGAGCUAGAGGAGCUUGCAGCUGAAGUUGAGUGUUGCUGGUGUUGCUGCUAGGGCGAGUACAAAGACUGUGGUGGCGACGAGGCUAUGGAGAAUGAUUGAUUCUUGAAAUUUAGGGCUUCUUGAAUCUUUUCAUCUUAGCACGGUUCAUCUGAGCUUGUGAUGAGGUAUCUGGUGAUAAGGGUUCAGAUGGGGAAAAUUAGACUGAAAGAAUGUUGAGAAAGACAGCAGAUGACAACACUGGUCAUAAGUCUUCAAGAUCAAGACAUGGGCAGUCUACUUUUCCAUUGAAUGAACACCACAAGUACAUACUCCGAACUCAUUCACCUCAACAAGCUGCAGAUACCACAAGCUGCAGAUACCGGAGCUCAUGCUAUCUGGUAACUAUUUUCCAGGUGCUAGAGUCGAGGGAGGCUGAGGAUGGGAUUGAUGAGAAUGAUUCAGUAGCUAUGAUGAGGGCUGCUGAGGAAGCCUUGGAAGCACAGAAAAAGCAAAAACCUUCAUUUGAGAUAUCUGGAAAACUUACUGUUGAAACCAAUAGAUUCAGGGGUAUAACACUAUUAUACACUGAGCCAGCAGAAGGACGGCCACCUCACGUAAAAUGGCCGCUUUAUGUUUUCAAGGGUGGUGAAGUUCUUGAUGGAAGAAGCUGACUUUUAGAGCAACUCUAAUGCCAAGCUUUUAUCAAGAGCCUCCGCCUCCUAAGGUGGUGCUAAAGAAGGUAUAUUGUUUCUGUUGGAAGUCAAAAUGCAUAAAGCAUUUUCUUGUAUGAUUCCUAGUCCUCUGGUAAACUUGGUUUGGUGGCAAUAAUUUCAAACAUUCAAUGUGUAAUCAAAUAGAUCGAUGAGUGGGGCAUGUAACAAAUUACUUGAGAAACUUCUGAAUGGUGCCUAGUUUCUGAAUAUAUAAUGCUAGUGUAUUCUUAGGUUCUGUUCUCUAAACAUGAGCAAAUAUUUCUCCAUUGUUACUGCAGUUGCCCUGUCCUUAUUUGGGCUCAUGUUAUUGUUUAGAUUAUAGUAGUCUAAGGUCCACUGAAUUAGAUGGUCCCUUGUACUCGUGCUUUUAUUUAUGAGUUUAAAGCAUUUGUAACUGUGGACAAUUGUUUCCUUAGUAUCUGUCUAGCUGAUUUGGUGCUUCCUUGAAGCAUUUCUUCUGCUAAUU